CAUAAAUACAUGCGCUAAAAGAGCGACACAUUAUUAAAAAUAUUUUUUUAUUAUUUUUUAUUUUUAUUCAUUUAUUUUAUUUUAUUUUUUUCAUUACUUACAUUUAUAAUGGGGACAGACAAUAUUAGUUUAUUAUGUCCACCUGAACAAUUUGGUAUAGUUGAACCUGGAAUAUAUCGCUCAGAUAUGUUACAACAAUCUCAUUUUACAUUUUUAAAGCAGUUUGGCUUCAAAACGCUUGUUAUGCUUAGUCCCGAAUUACCUAAUAGAGUUACAACAAAUUUCAUUGAAGAGGGAAACAUCAAACUUGUUCAUGUAGGCAUGGCCACUUGGAAACCAACUCAACCAUCAACAUGGAGACCUGUGUCAGAGGAAUUGAUCAAAGAAGGAUUAGAACUUAUUCUUGAUGUUGAUACACAUCCUAUUUUGAUCAUGUGCACUUCGGGUAUACAUGAAACUGGCACAUUAGUGGGUUGUUUAAGGAAACUAGAAGGAUGGAAUUUUAGCUCUAUUGUGACAGAGUAUCGAGCUUAUGCGGGCACAAAGGCAAGAUAUGUUAAUGAGCAAUUCAUAGAAUUAUUUGAUUUAGAUCUUGUUACUUUACCACUACACUUACCGUCUUGGUUUAUUGAUCAACAAAAAAUGCUUGCUGAAGAAGAAGAGGAAGAAGCUCUACGGUUAGGGAUUAAAAAAAUAAAACAAUAAAACAAAAUAUAUAAUAUAUGCAUAACAAAUGA